GUUCGCCCGCCCGCCCGCCGCCAUGUUGAAUUUUAAUGUUAAUUUUCUAGAAAUUGUCCCAGAAAUUGGGACUGGGAUCCCCGGCUCGCCCUGAGAAGUCAGGCAAACUAAUAAACUAAAAAAAACAAGCGAGUUUAAAUUAAAACAAAGAGAAUAAAGGACGACUCUGCGUUUCUGUAUUUAUGGUUCCACCCCUGCGGCCGCGAAAAGCAGAGAAGUUGGGUAAGAAAGAAGAUUGGAUUUUUUAAAGAAAGCUACCUUAUUCAGACAUAGACUAAAUGCAACUUCUUCAGGUUGUUUGUGGAUAUGAAGUGGUUGGGAGAAACAAAGAAUAUGUUUGUAAAUGGCAGCAGGAAAAAUGGGGGAAGGUUAUCCGGUGAACAUCAUCAGAGUCAAUCCAAGCUGCAUCACUCAGGAAGGGGAAGCACAAGGACCAAUGCAAGACUCACACUUGGAAAACGCAGCACUCGCAUGAUGGGUUUUGAGGGUCACUGCUCUCGUUAUGUACCUUCCACUGGAAUGACAGCAAAAGAACUGUGUGAAAAUGAUGAUCUUGCAACAAGUUUAGUCCUUGAUCCUUAUCUGGGGUUCCAGACACACAAAAUGAACACCAGGUAUGUCAGAUUUCGACCCAUAAAAGGAAGACAGGAAGACCUGAAAGAAGUAAUAGAGGAUUUCAAGAAGGGAGAAAAUUUAGAAAAGGCUUUCAAAGCAUUAACCACAGGCGAAUGGGCAAGACAUUAUUUCCUCAACAAAAACAAAAGCCAAGAGAAGUUAUUUAAGGAACAUGUUUUUAUUUAUCUGAGAAUGUUUGCAGCUGAGAGUGGAUUUGAACUCUUGCCAUGUAAUCGGUAUUCCUCAGAGAAAAAUGGAGCCAAGAUAGUUGCAACCAGGGAAUGGAAGAAGAAUGACAAGAUUGAAUUGUUGGUUGGCUGCAUUGCAGAACUGUCAGAAAUGGAAGAAAACAUGCUACUUCGUCAUGGAGAAAAUGAUUUUAGUGUUAUGUUUUCAACAAGAAAAAACUGUGCACAGCUUUGGCUUGGACCUGCUGCAUUUAUCAACCAUGACUGCAGGCCAAACUGUAAGUUUGUAUCAACUGGUCGGGAUACAGCUUGUGUAAAAGUGUUGAGAGACAUUGAACCGGGUGAAGAAAUCUCCUGUUACUAUGGAGAUGGCUUCUUUGGGGAAAACAAUGAAUUUUGUGAAUGCUAUACUUGUGAAAGGCGUGGCCAAGGUGCUUUCAGAUCAAAACCUGGACUUCCUGACCCUGUGCCGGUUAUAAACAGCAAGUAUGGACUCAGAGAAACAGAUAAACGUUUGAACAGAUUAAAAAAGUUGGGUGAUAAUGGAAAAAACUCUGAUAACCAAUCUGUGAGCUCAAACACUGAUGCAGAGAUUACUCAGGAAAAAGCUACAACUAGAAAAUCAAUCAACAUAAAAAAGGAUAGUAAAAGCAGAACAAGGCAAACUUUGUCCAGAACAUCAGCUGCCUCUAAUUCUACCUCAUCCUCUUCAAAAAUGUGUUCUGCGGGUAAUUCCAAGGUACCAAAGAAACUGAAAACCUCAAGGCCGGUACGGUCUUUGCCCCUAAAAUCUGGAUUAAGAAGUGAAUCUAGAAGAUCAGAGCAAAAGACUAACUUUGGAGGUCUUGAAAUGGACAACUUAGUGCUGAAGGAGCCUAAAGUAGUUCUUUAUAAGAAUUUGCCGCUUGAGAAGGAUAAAGACUUAGAGGGGCCAGCAAAAAUUGAAGGUUCGGGUAGGUGCCUGACUAGACAUGCUGUUGGAGAAACAAACAUCAAUUCUGUAAAAGAACUGCAUAAAAUUUCUCGCUUGCGUAAUGGAACUAUCCCUUGUGCCUACAUGACCCGACGGGCAAAAAGAACAAGACUUGCCCUCAGAGAGUCCUGUGAGGUUCCUUCACUCGAUCUUGAACCAAAUACAGUGGACAAUGAAAAUAUUCAUUGCACUGCACAGAAUGAACUUGUGGACUCAAUCUCACAUGCAUGUGAUGGCACCCAUAUAAGCCCAUUGAUCCAGGAAACCGAUGUAGGUACAAACUGCCAAAAGAAUGGGGUGUGUUUGAGCAGGAGAAGGUCACAGGGAAAACUAGAAAAAAUUGAUGCACAGUUAGAUAAAUGUGAGCGCAUGUUAUCUUGCUCUGUAAAAGAUGAUGUGAAGGGGGAAUCAAUACCAGAAUUGGUAAGUCCUCCAAUUCACAAUCUCAAUGGGGGUGAAAAUGUUGCUUUGGUGAAUGUAUCUGGUGUUUACAGAGACUGUGUUGGUUCAUCAAAAGGUGACACUUCAGAUUCCUUCAUGGUUUCUCACAAAUCAAAAAGUUCGCAAUCUCAUAAAGUAAGAAGUGACCAUUCAAGAAGAACAGGAGAAAGAAGCAGAAAGAAACGACGAAUCACGAGAUAUGAUGCACAAUUAAUACUUGAAAACAGUACUGGGAUUCCUAAGUUGACUCUCCGUAGACGACGUGACAGCAGUAGUAGUAAGACUAAUGACCAAGAAGUGGAUGGAAAGAAAUCCAAAAUUAGUAUCAAACUGAGCAAAGACUAUGAAAAUGACAAAGGUAAUAAUUAUGUAGCAAAGCUCAGUAAUGGGUUCACGACAGCCUCAGGAAAUAAUUCUACAAAACUUAAGAUACAGCUGAAACGUGAGGAACAGAAUAAAGGAAUUAAGCGAUCGCACUCCGUCAUGGAAGACCUCUGUGACAGUGGCAUGUGUUGUGACAACGCUGUUUUUCUGAGGCCUAAUGGGGAGUUCUAUGAUCAUAGACAACACAGAGAUGAUGACGAGGAUGACGAUGAUGAUGAUACUUCCUCAUCUUUGUCGUCGUCCUCAUCAUCAUCGUCGUCUUCCUCAUCAUCUGAGGAGGAUGAUUAUGAUGAUGAGUUUGAAGAUGACUUUAUUCCACUUCCUCAGGCAAAAAGACUAAGACUUAUUGUUGGUAAAGACUCCAUAGAUAUCGACAUCUCAUCAAGGAGGAGAGAAGACCAGUCUUUAAGGCUUAAUGCAUAACUUUUGGUUCCAUACUAACCAUAAUGUACAGUACUUUCCAAUCAAUUAUUCCACAUUUGAAUGAAUUUACUGUAAAAUUUUGAUGGCACUUCUGUAUUCAUUAUCAACAUAAAUAUUGUAGAAAGUGUACAGUAUAUUGACUCAUUUGAUUUGUUUUUUUUGCAGAUUUUUAUUGUACUAUUAAUAGCCUUACCAUGUGCAAUUCUGAGUUUUGGAGGAACUCACUCUGUGGUAGAAUUAAGGUAUAAAGCAGAAUUGUUGUACAUAAA